AUGGGUUCGGAUAUCUACAGAGAGCUUGCUGAGCUCCCUGUUCCUGUCGGAGCACAGUUUCUUCACUCUGGCGACAGUAACUGCACUGGCGUCGAGAUUACUACUUCAAUCCGAGAUCAUGUUCGUAAUGCCAAGCGCACUAUGUCAAAGUCCAUCUACACGUCACAGGGAGCCGUGCUGUCUUCCCUGCUCCAAGAUGUCAGCGAUGUGGUGCUUUCGUCACUUUCUCCGUCCCUAAAGUACCGUGCGGUUCUGAGGUCGAAGGACGGGAAGCGUUUCAUCGAACUAUGGGCCGAAGAUAGGCUGUUACAUCUAAAAGACGUGACGAAUCUUCAUGGAGAUUUCAUUGGAGAUGAAUACUUCUCGUCAUUGUCAUUUUCUCCGAGGGAGGAUUCGGUUAUUUAUACUGCUGAAGCGAAGUCGCCGGAAACAGAGACCUUCCGGUAUAUGCCCUCGUUCGGGGAAGGGCUAGCUGCUAGGAAAGCCCCUGCACUGUUCGUUUACCGUCCAGGGAACGAUACCUUAUCUCAUAUCGCCUUUAAUGACCCAGUUAUUUACGGCCAAGCGCUCUUUGGCCCCUUUUCCGAAUGCGAGACGCUUUUUGCGACCGGUUACGAGCGCACCGCCGACGAUCGACUCCUCGGAAUCAAGGGAUGCUUCAAUCGUCCUUCCGGUAUCUGGAGAAUAGAGCUACCUUCUCUGACCUCCAACGAUAAAGACUCAAAAGACAGUCUUCUUACCAUAAAGCCCAGGAAUGUGACCAAACUUACCCCCAAUACCCUUUCAUGUCGAUCUCCCCGUAUCUACAAUCAACAAAUUUUGGUCUGGAUCGCCAAUGCGUCGGGCGGCCCCCACGCUUCAUGCUCCACUCUGCAUACUAUGGACCUGACUUCAUUGAAGGGACAGCCUAGAACGCUUGUGGAAUCAAUCUGGGAGCCAAAGGAAGAUGACUUCCCCGGACUCUACCUUGGAGCUGUAUUGGCGCGAGAUCCGUUUAUCCUCCAUCAAGACGAUCCCUGUGUAGUCCUAACCUCGAUCUGGGGUUCUCGGAGCUACAUACUACGCAUCUCUCUAUCAACGGGAAAAGUAGACGCAGCGCUUGAUACCACAGACAAACACAAUAGCGAGCUUUGGAGUUAUAGCUUACUGGCUGCCGACGGAAAACAACGAAUGGUAUUCUCCCGUAGUUCACCCAGGGUUCCUUGUGAACUGAUCCUUUGUGAAUAUGACGUCUCCGGAAUCGGAGAGAGCUGGACAGAUCUCGCAUCCUUUGGCCCAAAUUCUUCCGAUACGCUCCGAGCACUCCAAUCUCUAGAUGUCCAGAUUAUCAAGAUACCCGAUCAUUUCCCCACUGAGACCAUCGUUGUUCGACGCAAGGAUCAAGUUAAUCUUCCUUGCGUGAUCAACCCGCAUGGCGGACCUCAUGCAACCACAACAACGGGCUUUGUACCUUCUACUUCCGCUCUAGCAAUCGAAGGCUACGCGAUCUCUCAGCCGAACUACACAGGUUCUCUGGGCUUCGGCGAGAAAUACGUCAGAGCUCUUAUGGGUCAAUGCGGCACAGUAGACGUAUCAGACUGUAUUGCAUCAGUGCGACAUAUUUUAUCCCUUGGCCUGGCCCAAGAGGGCCCAGGGAAGUUAUUCGUGAUGGGAGGAAGCCAUGGUGGCUUCCUCGCCGCUCACUUGGUUGGUCAGUACCCCGAAACGUUCACCUCAGCCGUCAUGCGUAACCCGGUCAUCUCGGCUGGCGACGUCUGGGGAAGUGAUAUACCAGAUUGGUACUUUAGUGAAUUUGGUUAUGCCUUCGAGAUGUCACAGUCGCCGCCGUAUACUGUUGGUUCUCAAGAAUAUGAGGCAUUACAGCACGCGUCGCCUAUAUCAUACGUACAGGACGUGCGUGCUGCGGUGCUUCUGAUGCUCGGUGGAUCAGACCGUCGAGUGAACCCGAAGCAGGGAUUGGGAUAUUAUCACGCUUUGAAAGGCAGUGAGGGGAAGGUGAAGGUUGAUUUGUUAUGGUUUGAUGGAGAGGGCCACCCCCUGGAAGGGGUCGAGGCUUCUCGGGUUGGAUGGGAACGCACCCGGAAUUGGUUCCAGUCUGCGUGAGUAGUAGCAAGCCGCUUUUGGGAUCAUUAGUGCGAGCAAAUGGGUGGCUGUGACGUUUCUUGGAAUUGAUGGUGAUUAAAUAGUACCUUGCCGAGGUUCAAUUAUGGAGAUGAUGGCAUAAAUGUAGUAAGGGUCUCUUGUAAGGGUCACAAUCUCCAUGCAUACGUUCAUUGUACCCGUCCAUGGAUUGUUGCUAUGCAGCGCGCUGACUUUCCUUCGGUGCCGCAGAGUCCCCAUUGCCUUUUUUCCGGUCCGUUAGUGAAG